AUGGUUCCCGGGAAUGCUUCCCCCCAUAUUAGCAAGGAAGAGGUUGCUAAGUGUGUGCAGUUUGGGAAGUUGACUAAAGACCCAAUCGAGCCAACCAUUUACUUGCAUGAGAAAACAAAGUUGAGCCAGCAUAAGAUGAAAAUUGACCCCAUGCUUUUGGAGUGUGGCAUAGGUCGUCCAAAUGAGUUUGAAGAUUCUUAUAGAAAUGGUUCAAUUUCUAAUAUCGAGAGGGAAAAAGGGGCAAUAGAAAAUGAUUUCAAUGAUUAUGAACCGACUGUUUUACCCUCAGACAAGUACAAUGUUGAUGUUGGGCCUUACAAUGAUAUCCAGAAUGUUGAUGGUGUACUAUCAUGUUCAGGGAAUGAGAAGAUAGAUGUUGAGAAUGAGAUUGGUUUGGAAGAUGAUGCUUCUAAAUUUCGCAUGGAAGGGAAGGAGAAGGAGAAGGAGGACUUGGGGAUUUUGAAUUUUGAAAUUGUACCAGAAGAUGUCAUUCCAUACGAAGCCAGUGUGUAUGGUACCACAGACACUCCUGUUAUUCACAAAAUAGAGGACGAUGACAACGUGAAGAUCGAUCCUACUAUUUUAAGGAGAGACAAAGAGCUUUGCAAAAUGGAAAAAUCAUUUCAGGAUAUGAUUCUUAAGUAUAACAAAAGCAAAGGCAGGCAGAUUGGUGCAUUCAAUUUGAAAGUAGCCCUACCACAGUCCAAGUUCGAACUUGGACUUUUCCUAUUUGACUUUAGUUUGUCGUUGCGAGACGUGUUGGUCGAUAAUGUAAUGGGACAGUUGGAGCGGUGGUACUUCAGAAGCCUUAGACCUAAAGCUGAGGUGGACAUGAAGAUUAUUGAUGCUUUUGGGUGUGUAUUAAGAUAUAGAGACAACCCUGAUGGUGUAAUAGAUGACGAUGCUCAAACUUUAAUUUUCCCAACCUAUUGGCCCAGCCUGGUAUGUUGUAAUACAAAUUUGAAUUUCCUGGUUAUUUCAAUAAAAUAA